CUUAGCUACUUAUUUUUAAGUCAGUUUUUUCGUUUCUAUGUUUUGACCAGAUUAUUUGCAAAAUUAUCUCUCACUAUUUAUGAAUAUUUGAAAAUGAUUCAUAUAUCAUUUAAGUCAUUUUGUUUCACGAAAGAAUAAUUGACUUAUAAGCAGACACAGACAGUCCAAAGCAUGUUGUCGCAGCAACACUCUCCCUCCGCCUCCUUCCGCCGCUCCCCGCCGCGGCCUGGCGCCACCACCACUCCCAACCCAUCAUUCUCCAGCCGCAUAUUCUCAGAUGUAGCUGGAGAUAUUACAAUUCUUGUUAAUGGGAAGUCUUUCCUUCUUCAUAAGUUUCCUUUGGUGUCUCAAAGUGGGAAGAUCAGGAAGAUGGUGGCAGAAGCCAAUAAUAAGAAUCCUUCAGAAUUAGAACUGAAUCACAUCCCUGGUGGGCCCGAGGCGUUCCAGCUCGCUGCCAUGUUCUGCUACGGGAUGAACUUUGAAAUCACAGCAUCAAACGUGGCCCACCUACGCUGCGCUGCGGAAUACUUGGAAAUGGCUGAUGAGUACCGCGAAGAGAGCCUCGUUUCUCGCGCUGAAGCCUAUCUGGAUGAAGUUGUGGGGCACAGUCUUGAGAAGUCGGUCGAAGUUCUGUCUGCUUGUGAGGCAUUAUUGCCUAUUGCAGAUGAGCUGAGGAUUCCGGAAAGAUGCAUUGACUCCAUAGCCAAGAUUGUCUGCCAAGAACAGCUGGUGAUGGGGUUGUCACAUUUAGAUUGUGACGACGGUGGUGGUGGAUCUUUGGAAUGGUGGGUUGAAGAUCUCUCCAUUCUUGGAAUUGGCUUUUACCAUAGGCUCAUUUCGGCUAUGGGGAAAGCCGGGGUGCGCACAUACACCAUAGUUGCUUCAUUGAUGCAUUAUGCACAAGUUUUCCUAAAAGGCAUAGGGAAACCACAAAUAUGGAAUCCCGCCCGAGCCCAUCCUCGGGCAGUCGAACACAAGCAGAAACUCAUUGUUGAAAAACUCGUGACUCUAUUGCCCUCCGAGAAGGGACCCACGUCCUACGUUCCCCUAACUUUUCUGUUCGCGAUGCUGAGGAUGGGGAUCGUGGUGGAUGCCUCGCUAGCCUGCAGGCUUGAGCUUGAGAGAAGGAUUGCAUGCAGGUUGGAAAUGGUCUUACUUGAUGACUUGUUGAUUCCUUCCACUCAGACCGGCGAUUCCUUGUUCGACGUUGACAUGGUCCACCGGAUCUUGGUGCAUUUUCUCCAACGGGUCGAGGACGAAGACGAUGUGGAUUUCGGGUAUGAAUCAGAAGCGCUUGGUUCCCCAAGCCAUGGCUCUAUAUUGAAAGUCGGGAGACUUGUUGACAUGUAUCUAGCUGAAAUCGCUCCCGACCCGUAUUUGAGUCUUGAUAAGUUCAUCGCUAUGAUAGCCGUUCUCCCGGACUACGCUCGCGUCCUAGACGAUGGGCUCUAUCGAGCUAUUGACAUAUAUUUGAAGGCGCAUCCAAUGCUAUCCGAGCAAGACUGCAAAAGGCUGUGCGGUUUCAUCGAGUGCCAGAAGCUAUCCCAAGAGGCGCGCAACCACGCCGCGCAGAACGACAGGCUCCCGGUCCAGGUGGUGGUGAAAGUGCUGUACUUCGAGCAGGUCCGUCUGAAGAGCACAAUGUCGGGAGACUCAGUGGACGACAGGUUCCUCUCCCAGAAAAUGAGCAGUGGGGUGACCAGCGCAGCCGUGUCCCCGCGGGACACGUACGCUUCGCUGAGGAGGGAGAACAAGGAGCUGAAAAUGGAGAUAUCGCGGAUGCGGGUGAGGCUCAGUGACCUAGAGAAGGAACAUGUGUACAUGAAACAAGGGAUGGUGGUCAAGUCUGGAGGACAUGGCAGGGCUCUCUUGACCUCCAUAUCCAAAGGCAUUGGAAAGAUUGGCAUCUUUGGCGGCUCGACGGGUGGGAAACACGGCACGUCCGGGCGGACCGCGGAUGGGAAAACGGGCAGGAGCAAGAGAUUCUCUGAGGCAUAGAGUCAUACAGUUGGAGUACAGAAGAUCUGAGUUUGUUUUUAAUUGCUGUGGUAUCUAUGACUUGAAUGAUCUAAAUCAGUUGCAGAUAUAACAGCAGUUAAAGUGCAGGAAUGGGAAUGCACUGAAAAAUAUUUUACAUUCAUUUGUGCAUAUGUAAGUCUUGUGUUAUCCAAAAAAAAGUGUCUAAUUUUUCUUACACAUAGUGAAUCAUAUAGUCUGAAUCAAUGCAAUGAAUAAAU